AAAUGUAACAGCAAGUUAAAGGAGCAGCUGGAAUCCAAAAGAUAUUAUGCCGCACUAAAAACCAUGGAGCAGUUAGAGAAGGUCUAUAUCCCAAGGGUCAGUCAGUACAGGUUCUGUCAGAUCAUGGCUGAAAAUCUGCCCAGACUGAGAGAGGAGAUCAAAGACAUCUCCAUGUCAGACCUCAAAGACUUCCUGGAGAGCAUUCGAAAGCAUUCAGACAAGGUUGGAGAGACUGCCAUGAGACAGGCACAGCAGCAUAGGACCUUUAACAGUGCAGUAGCCAAGCAGGCCAGUAUGGGCCACUACAUCAAGCCCGUGUACUCUCUCAAUGAGCGAACUCAUGCUCACACUCCCAACGGCCUGCUGAUGGAUGAUGACACUGGAGAUGAUGAGGCUGAUGAAGAGAUUCUUACAGCUCAGGAUCUGGUGGACUUCUCGCCCGUCUACAGGUGUCUACACAUCUAUACUGUGUUGGGUGACCGAGAAACAUUUGAGAACUACUACAGGAAACAGAGGAAAAAACAGGCCCGGCUAGUUCUGCAGCCGCAGGCUAACAUGCAUGAGACAGUGGAAGGCUACAGAAGAUACUUCAAUCAGAUUGUGGGGUUCUUUGUUGUAGAGGACCAUAUCCUCCAUGCCACUCAAGGGCUGGUGACCAGAGCUUAUACUGAUGAACUGUGGAACAUGGCGCUGUCCAAGAUCAUCGCUGUACUCCGGACACACUCUUCAUACUGUGACGACCCAGACUUGGUGCUGGAGCUGAAGAAUCUCAUAGUCAUCUUUGCUGACACACUACAGGGGUUCGGCUUCCCGGUAAACCGUUUGUUUGACCUGCUGUUUGAGGUUAGAGACCAGUACAACGAAACCCUGCUGAAGAAAUGGGCACUGGUUUUCAGAGAGAUCUUUGAACUGGACAACUACAGUCCCAUCCCAGUGGAGACAGAGGAGGAAUAUAAACUGGUUGUCAGCCGCUUUCCCUUCCACGAUGCUGAGAUAGAGAAGCAGGACUUUCCUAAGAAGCUGCCAAUGUCCCAGUCUGUCCCUCAGAUCUACACCCAGGUCAAAGAGUUCAUUUACGCCAGCCUCAAGUUCUCCGAGUCACUACACCGCAGUUCAACAGAGAUUGAUGACAUGUUGCGAAAAUCUACCAACCUGUUGCUGACAAGAACUCUCAGCAGUUGUCUGCAAAACCUUAUCAAGAAACCUCACAUAGGACUGACCGAGCUGGUACAGAUCAUCAUUAAUACCACCCACCUGGAGCAGGCCUGCAGGUAUCUGGAGGAAUUCAUAACAAACAUCACCAACGUCUCCCCAGAAACAGUUCACACCACAAGACUCUACGGACUGUCGACCUUCAAGGAUGCUCGUCAUGCUGCAGAGGGAGAGAUUUAUACCAAACUGAACCAGAAGAUCGAUGAGUUCAUCCAGCUAGCAGACUACGAAUGGGGCAUGGCCGAGUCUGACGGCCGCGCUUCAGGGUAUCUCAUGGACCUGAUCAACUUCCUACGAUCUACCUUCCAGGUGUUCACACACCUCCCGAAUAACAACAAUGAUCAUGCAUCAAUGUCGGGAAAAGUGGCCCAGACAGCUUGUAUGUCAGCCUGCAAGCAUCUGUCCACAUCACUGAUGCAGAUGCUGUUGGACACGGAACUCAAACAGAUCAGUAUGGGGGCCAUUCAGCAGUUCAACUUAGAUGUUAUUCAGUGUGAAUUGUUUGCCAGCUCAGAGCCAGUGCCUGGGUUUCAAGGAGACACUCUUCAGCUGGCCUUCAUCGAUCUGCGACAGCUCCUGGACCUCUUCAUGGUGUGGGACUGGUCAACGUACUUGGCAGACUAUGGCCAGCCAACAUCCAAAUACCUGAGAGUAAAUCCAGCCACUGCCCUGGCUCUGCUGGAAAAAGUCUACAGGGGGAUGAAGGACACCAGUAAGAAGAACAACAUCUUCUCCCAGUUCAGGAAGAAUGACAGAGACAAACAGAAGCUGAUAGAGACUGUAGUCAAGCAGCUGAGGAGUCUGGUCAAUGGCAUGUCCUCUUAAACCCACACACACACACACACACACACACACACACACACACACACACACACACACACACACAGAGACUAAAAGAUGUAAACAUGAAUGGCAUCACAUGCACGCGUUGAACUGCCAACAGAAGGACUUUUUCACAUAUGUAAAAACAACACACCAAAUGGCAAAGACACACUUGUGAACCACACGGGGAAUUCGAGGGACAGAUACACAGCUUACAUGUACACACAAGUCACACACACACUUUACAUGAAGGCAAAGCAAUAGACAAACUGUUCAGAGUGUGCAGGACUCUGCAAACACACAAAGUCUCCUUAGCUGGCUCAAUACUCGACGAUAAACGGCAUACAGCAGUUCACUGACACAGGAACAAGCAGUAAAAUGUUUGUAAAGUAUUUUUAAUGCAGAUGAUGAGACGAACUAUGUUUUGUACUUUUGUGGGAGUGCAAUGGUUGCUGCAGAGCGAGAGCGCUGGAAAUGACAGGCACAACUAUUGGGACGAUGAGGUCAAAGGUCAGUAACACCAGUGAAUGGCACCAAUCACUAUCUGAUGCUUUGUCAGACACAUUUAUAAACCGAAGCCCUGUGCAGUAAGAUUAUCUGCUGGUUAACCUAGUCAGUGUAAACCAGCUGUUUGGAGUGUGGUCGUUAACGAGUAAAUAUGUCAGCCCAUGCUAACCUGCUGAAGUCCUCUUCUUUCUUUUUGUUGUUGUGCAUUGAGAUGAGCCUAUUUUAGCUGAAAACAGAUUUCCACAGACACUCAGUCUGAGCUUAGACUCAUGCAGCCCCUUCUGUUUAAAAUGUAAAGAAAAGCAGAACUAAAGACAGAUCAGAUAUUUAAACUGAACAAAUCUCCCAUUUUAAGAAUAAUAGCACGUUUUGAAUUUGAUGGCACAUCUUUAAAACGAAAAGACGGACGUUUCCCACUGUGUGAAGCUGUGCUGCUGGAACAGCUGCAGUGUGUGCUUUAGUGUUGUCCUGCUGAAAUAUGCAGGUCUCUCCUGAAAAAUACUCUAAAACCUGUAUACACCUUCCUGCAUUGAUGGCCAGAUGUGCCAGCUGCUGAUUCCAUAGGCAUUAAUGCGCCUCCACACCAUCAGUGAUGAAGGCUGAGUGCUGGUAACAAAGCAGACUCUUCCUCCCAUCUUUAGUCCAAACAUGUCGUUUUGGCUGACCUCAGAACAGUUUCCCACUUUGCCUCAGUCCAUUUUAAAUGAGCGUUGGUCCAGAGAGGACAGCAGAGUGUCUGCAUCGUGUUCACAUGUGUGAUCUGUGGAUGGCACAGCGAGCUGUGUUCCAGCUGAAACUCAGACUCACACCUGGAGGUGACAGGCAGUGCUGAGCGCUAAUAACAGCAUCAAAAGAUGCAGAGAAAUCUGUGUGUGCAAGGCUGAAGCUCAG